AUGGCGAAACCGAAGAAGGUCAAGCAAAAGGUCCUGGACAAGCCGAGUGCUGACAACCCACCACCUCUGGACACACCUUUUGCUGAUUCUCUUAAACAUGAUACACAGGCCGAAUUAUCCCAGCCCGCUGUUCAGACAGAGGAUCUGCCCAAACAAGAUACUUUCCCUGCGGAAGACGGUCAGCUGGAUCUCCCAGGAGGAUACUUUGACGCUCCGCCUGCAGACAACGAUGAUGGGUGGGGUACUGCCGCGACAGAGUCGGCUGGACUAUGGGACAAUUCGCAACCUCCCGCAACCAAUCCUGAGGCACAAGACGCAGCAGAUUGGGCCAUGCCAGAUGCAGCUGUGCUAGGAGACUGGGUAGACGCAGCAGCUCCCCCACAGCAUGUCGGAAAACCCAAGAAGAGCGGUGGUAGGAAGGGCGGUGCAGCUGUUGUGCCCCCUCCUCCCGCCUCUUUGGUCGUCCCUCAGCAUCACGCUUCUUUUGCCGCUGCUUCUCCCUUGUCAGUGGCUAGCAGGUCUGCACCAGGAUUCGGGGACAGUGGGGAUUGGACAGCCGCGGAUUGGGGUGACUCCCAAGGCUGGAACAAUUCAGCACCGCCAGUACCACCGGCACCACCACCUCCUUCACAGAUGCAAACCUCCCAUGCACCGGUAGCUGGGGCCUGGAAGAACUGGGGAAACGAAGCCCGGGGACUUUCUAAGGUAUCUUCCAUUGCUAAUAGACCGUUUCCUCCGGAGCCCUCCCCUGCCCAGACUGUCACGUCUACGGCGGGCAGGCCUGUCCUAUCUCCUCAGCAACGAUCCGAGCGUUUGCAAUCGUUGCUUACGGAUCCAAGCCAGACUAAGAAUGUUGCUCUACAGCCUUCACCGCCUUCUCAAAAUAUGAGUGGUACAAGACAACAGCAAGCGGCUGCAGCACAACAUGCAGCUGUAGCCCUGCAAAGACAGCUCCAACAACAACAACAUCAGCAGCAAUUGCAGGCACAGCUUCAGCAUGUGCGAAUGCAACAGCAACAGCAGCAGCAAGCACAGUAUGCUGCAGGCCAGAGGGGAAGACCCCAGCAAGCCAGGCCACAGGCUCCGCCAAUGCAGCAGUCUGAAAGCUGGGGCAGUUCCGGCUGGGGCGGCGGAGGUUGGGGAAACAACAAUGACUGGGCCGCUACAAUACAAGAAGAGAACGAGGAUGACGAGGAGUAUUAUGACGAAGAAGAAGAAGAGGAGGAAGAAGAGGAAGAUGAGUACGACGACAAUGGUAAUGGUGGCUACGGCUACCGCGACAAUUAUGCCGCUCCUCGAGUACGAUUUUCUCCAACAGUAUCCUAUUCUACGGAAGCUCCUCCUCACGCCCGUGGGUUUGCUCCUUCCACACCAUCUAUGCAUUUCCCUCCUCCCCCUGCCGCCCCGUCGCAUUCUGCUACCCACCCACAGGCUGCAACUCCUGCCACGGUUCAUCCGUCGCUUUGGGGAAACGGAACGCCAUCCAAGACAAUGGCUAUGGCGGCAGGGCACACAAUCUUCGAGUUAAAGUUACCUCGACAUGGCAUGGGCCAGACCUCAUUCAUCGAAUCGAACGGACAAGCGCUCUACUACGCUCAACGUGCGCUAUUCGGGAACACUCGCCCGGCGAAAGAGCGUUUCCACUGGGCGUUCAAUCCAGACAAGGACGAACGCGUCGCGUCGCUCCUGCGAUGGGUUGACGGGAUGAAGGGCGGGCUCGCAUCGCUUGGUUUUCAAAAGUUUAUGCAAACAGGCGAACGCGGUGCGCUGAUCAGCAACGCGGACUUCCGCGCUGAUUCGACCCCAGGCGCGUCCGUACAGCCUGCAUUUGAUUGGAUCACCAUGGCGCAGCUACAGAACACGCUUGACCGCACGAUGCAGGAGUCUGUGGCUUUAUACGAUCCUGCUAUGCAGGUGAUUGUAUUCAUCUUUUUGUUGUCAAAGACAGGGAAUAGCAUGGCGCUCUGGCGGAGGAAGCUGUCAGUGCCCGAGAGCUUACGGGUGCAAUUUUCGCAAGAUAUUGAAGCAGUGAAGGAGAGGCUUGACGCCGAUUAUCCGGUGUAUGUAGAAGAGUUACCGCCGAAAGAGGAGCCUCCGCCCCCAGAACCACCCAAGAAGAAACGUAAUUUAUUGAGCAAAUUGAAGUGGAUUGGCUUGAAGCGAAAGAAAAAUGAACCGCCCCCUGAAUGA